GCCCGCUGGGAAAUGUGCCAAACACCCUGCCGGUGCCAGGCCCGGCGCUGCCAUCGGCGGCGGCGCCGUCAGGCUCGGGAGGCCGGGUGCGCCGGGAGGCGGCCGUGCUCCGGGCCUCGCCGGGCUGGAAGGUAGACCGGGAGGCGGGCGAGACCAAGUGCCAGCCCGGAGCGGGGAGGGGGCCGCGGGGAGGGUUGGAAAGAGUCUGUGUUGGCACGUCUCACACCAUGCUUUUACCACAUGUCUGAUUAAAGAUUGAUGUUCCCGCAUAAGCAUUUUGCUAUUACAAUGUCCUUGCCUCUCACAGAGGAGCAAAGGAAAAAGAUUGAAGCGAAUCGACAGAAGGCUCUGGCCCGCAGAGCCGAGAAACUAGCAGGACAGCGGCAGAGUGCGGGACCGGGCUCCUCCAUUGCGGCCCUUCCUCCGCAGGCCAAGCAGGGUCCUCACAGUCUCCCCGGAGGUUCUUCUAAGCCAGCGAGCCAUGGCGUCGUUUUCAAGCAACAGAGAACCAGUGGUUCAUCUCACAAUCCCCACAGUGUUCAGCCCGGCACUCUGGAGCAGGCCAAGGGGACAUGGAAGAGGCCAGAAGAGGCCACAGCCUGCCCACACCACAGCCCACCAGAUCGAGUGACUCUCACCGGGAUCUCCCCUCCCCUGGCACAAAGUCCUCCAGAGGUUUCCAACCAGCAGCUCUUGGGUCAAGGUCAUCCUCAGGUUUCCCACGGGACCAAAUCCACACCCUUUGCUAACACGACUCAUGAGCCUUUGGCCAACGCCAAGAGUUCCCAGGAUGCGCCAGCUUCUUCCUCCGGACAGCUCCCCGGGGAAGCCCACUUAGAGGCCAGGGCGGCCAGACCCUCCACCUCGGGGCCGGACAUCUCUGACGUCCUCUGUGGCCCCGGGAGUGCGGUGCCCAGGACCGAAGGGAGACCCCCACCGACGCUGGGGGCCUCGCCUCACACAGCAGUGAGCUCCCGGGAGGGAGUAUGUGUGAGGGACGGAGACCGUUUCCAGGUGAAGAUUGGCUACAACGCAGAGCUCAUUGCCGUGUUCAAGCGUCUGCCCAGCAGAAAUUUUGAUCCUGACACCAAGCUGUGGAACUUCAGCAUGUCCGACUACAGCGCCCUGAUGAAAGCGGCCCAGCGCCUCCACACGGUCACCCUGCGGCCUCUGGAAGGGACCAGCAGCAUGGCGCAGACCGGCUUGCCUUCGGCUCCCUCUCUCACCUUUGUCAAAGGGCAGUGCAUGCUCAUCUCCCGGGCCCGCUUUGAGGCAGACAUUGGCUAUUCACAAGAACUGAUUGCACUGUUUAAACAGAUGGAUUCUAGAAAUUACGAUGUCAAGACCAGGAAGUGGAACUUUCUCUUGGAAGAGCACAAUAAACUAAUUGAAAGGGUGCGCUGCCUCUCGCAAGUGCAGCUGAAUCCGCUGCCCAAGACCCUCACCCUGGCCUUUGCUGCUCAGCUGGAGAAGACGUCUCUUCGUCCCACGGUGGACAUCCCUGAGGCCGACCUCUCUGGAGUGGACCCCAAGCUCGUGUCCAGUCUGCUGCCCUUCCAGAGGGCUGGCGUCAACUUUGCCAUCGCCAAAGGAGGCCGCCUGCUGCUUGCCGACGACAUGGGCCUGGGGAAGACCAUCCAGGCCAUCUGCAUCGCCGCCUUCUACCGGAAGGAGUGGCCGCUCCUGGUGGUGGUGCCCUCCUCCGUGCGCUUCACCUGGGAGCAGGCCUUCCUUCAGUGGCUGCCGUCUCUGAAGCCAGAGCAAAUCAAUGUCGUGGUGACCGGCAAGGACCGCCUGACAACUGGUUUGGUCAACAUUGUCAGUUUUGACCUCCUUAGCAAGUUGGAAAAGCAGCUGAAAACCCCCUUCAAAGUUGUCAUCAUUGAUGAGUCUCACUUCCUCAAGAACGUGAAGACGGCCCGCUGUCGCGCAGCUAUGCCCCUCCUCAAGAUGGCCAAGCGCGUGAUCUUACUGUCGGGCACACCGGCCAUGUCGCGGCCCGCGGAGCUGUACACGCAGAUCAUCGCCGUCAAGCCCACGUUCUUCCCUCAGUUCCACGCCUUCGGACUGCGCUACUGUGAUGCCAAGCGGCACGCCUGGGGCUGGGAUUACUCCGGCUCCUCCAACCUGGGGGAGCUGAAGCUGCUGCUGGAGGAGGCGGUCAUGCUGCGGCGCCUCAAGUCCGACGUGCUCGCCCAGCUCCCGGCCAAGCAGCGCAAGAUGGUGGUGGUGGCCCCGGGCCGGCUCAGCGCCAAGGCCAGAGCGUCCCUGGAUGCCGCAGCCAAGGAGAUGACCACCAAGGACAAGUCUAAAGGACAGCAGAGAGAAGCCCUCAUUCUCUUCUUCCACAGAACAGCCGAAGCCAAAAUCCCGUGUGUCAUUGAAUAUAUCCUGGACCUGCUGGAAAGUGGGAGAGAGAAGUUUCUAGUGUUUGCACACCACAAGGUGGUUCUGGAUGCGAUUACUGAAGAGCUUGAGAGAAAGAAGGUGUCGCACAUCCGCAUCGACGGCGCCACCUCCUCCGCGGACCGGGACCAGCUGUGCCAGCACUUCCAGCUGUCCGAGAGGCACGCCGUGGCCGUGCUGUCCAUCACUGCCGCCAACAUGGGCCUCACCUUCUCCUCGGCCGACCUGGUGGUGUUCGCCGAGCUGUUUUGGAACCCAGGGGUGCUGAUGCAGGCCGAGGACCGGGUGCACCGCAUCGGACAGUCCAGCUCCGUGGGCAUCCACUACCUGGUGGCGAGAGGCACGGCUGACGACUACCUCUGGCCUCUGAUCCAAGAGAAGAUUAAAGUUCUGGGUGAAGCCGGCGUUUCUGAGGCCAAUUUUUCAGAAAUGACAGAAGCCACUGAUUACAUCUACAAGGACCCAAAGCAGCAGAAGAUCUACGACCUGUUCCAGAAGUCCUUUGAGGAGGAAGGAAGCGACAAGGAGCUCCUGGAGGCGUUGGAGGCCUUUGACCCGGGAAGUGCUUCGGGAACGUCUGGGAGUGGCUCCCAGGACCUGGGAGACUGGCCGGAUGGGGGCACAGAGACGGGCAGUCCAGAGAAGAAAAGGAGAUUUGAAUUUUUUGAUAACUGGGACAGCUUUACCUUUCCCCUAUAAGAGGGGCAAAAAAAGCAUUAAAAAUCAUGGAACUCAUUAAUAAAAUGUAACUUGUUUUUAACACCUGUGCUCCCUUUAUCAUCGUACGGGUGCUGGUGCUGGUCUCCAGUCGCAGCAAGUUUCCAGGUCAAGGAUCAGCGUUUCCUUUCCGGCCUCACAACGUGUGGGUUUGUUUGGGUCUUAAUUAACCUCAGAUUUCCUGGUUGAGAAAUAAAGACAGUAGGUUGUAGUGGUGGUGAUUCGUGUUGUUUAAAUAAUGAAGUGCUUUCUCCACAUCCCCAAAAUGUGAAUUUUAAAAUGGAUUGACCAAAAAAAUAUUUAUAAAACACCUACUAUGUGCCAGGCACUGUCCUGGGCGCUGGCAGUAGUUCGCCGAACACGUGAGAAAGUGUACAUCUUUGCAGAGGCUAUCAUAUCAAGGGAGAGGCAAUAGUUAUAUAUCCCAGGAAGAGAAAGAAGGAACUAUGGGUAGAGCAGGCAUUGGUAAGUUUUUUCUGUACAUAACCAGAUAGUAUUUUUGGCUUAAUAGGCCAGGACAUUUCUGCUGUAGGAGUGCGAAAAUAACCAUACAGAAUCUGAAACAAAUGAUUAUGGCUCUUUUCCAAUAAAGCUCUGGUAUGGACACUGAAA